UAGUAAAAAUGUGGCUAAGGCGGAUUCAGUUCACGUGGGUAAAACGUAACGUUUAUUGUCAGUUUGUGAAUUCAAACUUCAGCAGUUCAUCCGGGACCCCCUCCCCCUCUCGCAGAGCAAAUGGUUUCGCCCACACUGAGUCGCUCUGCACGCAGCAGCCAAGAGGACUACAAUACACAGAUUUAUUUCUUUAUUAGUACGUUUUCGGCGACUUCAAUUUGUAACAGUUACAGCGUUAAACAAAACAGACAAAAUCAGCCUGAAAGAUAUCAAUGGAAGCGAAUGGCUUCCUCGAGAGAGCCCCGGCGAGUCUAAACGGCAGAGUAGGAAAAAGAGCAGGAAAAGAGCUGCACUACCACCUCCACCGGCGCCUGGAACUAAUAAGGUGACAAGAACGCUUUGGUCGGUCUGUUCGCGUGUGCGGCUGUCUACACAGUAACUGUCCUGGGCUCCCUGCCCCCCUUGUCCCCCUUUUCUCUUCUCAAGGCUGUAAAUAAGCUCCGGUUCUGCAGACGCUUGAGGAACCCUCCCGUUCCCACUUUUUCCUGCCACUGCUAUCCUUUCCGAGUCCCCUGCUAACUCCACUGCUUUGCUGUCGAAGGGGUCAGAGGAGACGCUCAGAUGAUCCAUUGGGCUACUCCGAACCACAUUGUUCACACUGUCCCGGACGGGGAAGAGUAACUAGCAAGCUUGAGAGAACCCUUGGAGGGUGCUGCGAGCACCCUGUGAGGCCUGCCCACGAAGCCUGGCAGGAAGCUUGGCUUGCCCCUUUACUCCUUUAGCCCUUGAGAUGCCCUCUCUUCCAAACGAUGGAGAGGAUCAAGGAGCGUGUCCCAUGAACGUCCCAUCUGUGGGCUCCUACCCGAGCGGCGGGAAGAAGAAGGUUCGCUCCAAAAAGAAGAAAGGCACCAUCACUGCCAACGUUGCUGGCACCAAAUAUGAGAUAGUUCGUAUAGUUAUCAGAGAGAUGGACUUCAUCAAAGCGCGGGAUGACGAUGAGACUGCCAACCUCAUCUGGAACGACUCUGCCGUGCAGCACGAGAAAAUCGCCGAGCUCAGGAACUAUCAGAGAAUUAACCAUUUCCCUGGCAUGGGGGAAAUCUGUCGCAAAGACUGCCUCGCAAGAAACAUGUCCAAAAUGAUCAAGUGCCAGCCUCAGGAGUACAGCUUCAUACCUAAAACUUGGAUCUUCCCUGCUGAGUACACCCAGUUCCAGAACUAUGUCAAAGAGCUACGCAGGAAACGCAAGCAGAAGACCUUUAUAGUAAAGCCUGCCAACGGCGCUAUGGGUCAUGGGAUCUCGCUUAUCCGUAACUGCGAGAAGCUACCAGCCCAGGAGCACUUUAUUGUUCAGGAGUACCUGGACAAGCCGUUCCUGAUGGAGGGCUACAAGUUUGACCUGCGUAUCUACAUUCUGGUCACUUCCUGCGACCCACUUCGCAUUUUCCUGUACAACGACGGCCUUGUUCGCAUGGGCACGGAGAAGUACCACGCGCCCAGUGAGGCCAACCUGAGCCAGCUCUACAUGCAUCUGACAAACUACUCAGUCAACAAACACAAUGAGAACUUUGAGCGAGACGAGACGGUGGACAAAGGCAGCAAGAGGUCCAUCAGCUGGUUCACGGAGUUCCUCCGCACUAGUGACUACGACGUGGCCAAGUUCUGGGGAGACAUCUCGGAAUUGGUGGUGAAAACGCUGAUCGUGGCUGAGCCUCAUGUGCUGCACGCCUACCGCAUGUGCCGCCCCGGACAGCCACCAGGGAGCGACAGUGUCUGCUUUGAGGUCUUGGGCUUUGACAUCAUCCUGGACCGUAAACUCAAGCCCUGGCUGCUGGAGAUCAAUCGAGCACCGAGCUUUGGAACCGAUCAGAAGAUUGAUUACGAUGUGAAGAAAGGAGUGCUGCUCAAUGCUCUCAAGCUCUUAAACAUCAGAGCUAGUGAUAAGAAACGCAACCUGGCCCAGCAAAAAGCUGAAGCUCAGAGACGGUUAUAUGGACACGGCUCCAUGAAGAAACUCUCGGCGUCUUCCUCAGACUGGGAGAAACAACGUCACACACUGGAACGAAGAAAAGAGGAGCUGAAAGAACGACUUGCACAGGUUCGCAAACAAAUUUCCAGAGAAGAACAUGAGAAUCUACAUCUGGGGAAUUACAGACGUAUUUACCCCCCAGACGACAAGCUGCUGUUGGAAAAGUAUGAAAGCCUGCUCUCGGCCGCCUUUCAGACCUUCCUCGCCGGGCGAGCUGCCUCACUUCAAAAGGAAAUGAAUAAUCCUCUGAAACGAAUGAAGGGUGUUGGAUAUUGUACGAACCAACGUCCUCCUGAUGCUGCAGCGGAUCUGGAGGGAGCCAUCUGUAGACACUCUCCAUCUCUACCGGCUUUUUAACCGCGUCUUCAACCGACUUCUCUGGAGUCAUGGACAGGGCCUGUGGAACUGCUUCUCCAACACCAGCUCUUCGUGGGAGGCCAUCUUCAACAAGAGCAGUGAGGUGGUGUCGCCCCAGGAGCUGCUGUGCUGCCGCCGGCUGGUCCAGCUGUGCCGAGACUGCCUGUUGGUCGUUUACAAGUUCGUCUCAGAGUCCCGCGGCUCUUUGACUGGACUCAGCCCCGAAUGGGAUGACACCAGCUUUCCAUUCGCUGCCGGACCAAACUCUACUCAUGGCUCCACUCCUGCUGCUGUCGCUGCUGCUUCCUCCUCCUCUUCCUCCGUCUCUUCGCCCCUCGAUGCAGGUACUGGAACGCUGUUAGCAGGAGCUGCCUCACUGCUCUGUUUCGGUGGAAGAUGUCAUAGAAAGGUCUUAGGAAGGUACUGACGUCUGUGCCUCGGAAUGAUAGGUACCUGCUGCCAGUGACCUCCCAGUUCAUCAUGAAGUGGCCUUCGUCCAGCUUUGGCCGCCUCUCCUCGGCCGUGCCACGCUCCCGCAGCCUUUUCGCCGCCAGGAUGGACCACUUCUGAGGUCACCGUGGCAAGGCUGGCUCCUGAAACCUUGCCUUUUGACCUCUACCCUCCUCCUCCUCCCCACUCUCCCACGACUUCCACCCAGCCAAACUCGAAUCUUCGUAGUCCCAGUAUGAACCUGAAUUUUGGUGCAGCUCUGGGCACGGAAUGGGGCCUCGACCUUGCCCAGUGGCCUUGUGGAAGACCAACAAAGAGAUUUUUGAGGAUUAGGGGUUACUGACGGUUGUUAUUUAGUUAAUUUUAUUUGAUCCCGCUCAUACCAGCAGACCAACCAAAUCCUCCAUCCCUUCCAUCAGCACCAAUAACAUCAGAGGGUGGGGGUCAGCUCUCUGUUUUCAUUAAAAUUGCUUUUUCAUACUUUAUUGUCCAGGACUAUAAAAGGGAGAAAUCAAUUCUAAAUAAUGCUAAGGAUUAUUUAUUUAUUUAUUUAUUUAUUUUCUAAGUUAUUUCAUGAAUGCAACCUUGCAGAAUGCACAUUGGGAGUAAUUUGUACACACUUGAAUAUGUGGAUGUUAAAGCUUACUUUUGCUGUCUGUAAUCAGUGAUUUUAUUACUUUUCACAGAUUUUAAAUCAGUUAAUAUAUUAGAUGCUUUUGGUUAAUAAUAGUCACUUUAUGUUGUUGCAGCUCAGGAUAAUGGUAAAGAGUUGAUGCAUAAGGAACUCGAAAUGUUUCACUUUUGAAUGCUGACCUUUUUUUCAAUGUUGUACUCGUGUGAUACUAAGUGCUGCCCAAUUAAGCGACUGAACAUUUCGAAUGUGAGCAUAGUAAGCCAAGCCUUUUUGCCUCCUAGAACACGAGCUGGCUUUAAUGCCACAGCUUGAAGAGCCAAACCUCUCAAAGAGCACCCACCAGUUCCUAAUAUGCACUAAUAUGUCAUGGAAAGCAAAAGCGGCUGCACAUUAGUAGGGUUUGCAUGCCUAGACAUUAGUCUCUUUAGACCCAGAUGUAGUGGUUGAACAGAGGAGCUGCGUUUGGAACAUACUUGAAGUUUUGUGUUGUCAUUAGUUAUUGCAUCAUUGCAAAGAGGACACUUACCUCUCACAUUUGUCAUACUGAUGUCUUGGGGACAACGAGCAUGUGGAUUCAGAUUAAGUGCGCUGAAUGAGCCCAUACAUGUACUGUAACAGCAGUGGUUUGUCUGGGAGGCAGCUGCAGCCCUUGUCAUCACUGCCUUGUAGGUGCAAGUGCCAGGGAUUUUCAUGGGUGUCAAUAAUUAACGCAUCUAUUGACACGCAUUGAGUUAGAUUUUGUUUUAAGCCAGUGAGUCACAACCCACAGCGGGACCUCGGAUCUAGAUUUAAAUGUUAUUACGGAGAAACAAGAUGAGAUGGGUUUAGAUAAUUUGCUCUGUGUACUAAAAAAAACAGUACAAUAUGCAUUUUAUAGCAGUUUGAACUCAAACUUGUAGCAGCAAUGCUGUGCUAAAAUGCUUAAACUGAGGUGUCCCUGUCUGUUAUUUGUUUUAAUUUCGCUAUGCCAAAAUGUUUAUUUUGCCUAAUUAUAUUUGUGUUAUUUAAAGGUAGUAAUUUUUGGGGAGGUAGAGAUUCUUAAUUUGAAAUAGCAAUAAAAUGUUUAAACAAUUUCA